AUGGGAGACCGGCGGCACAGCUCGCUCCGCAGCCGCCAGGGCGCCGAGGCGGAAGGCCGGCCCGACAGGGGGCAGCACGAGGGUGUCCUGGGCAUGCAGGGUCUGGGGCCUGGGGGCCGAGGACCCCAGGACCCCAGGUACGCGGAUGACGGGGACCUGAGAUCCGAAGAGCAGGACGAGGAGGUCCUCCCGGAGGUGACCAGGGAAGACAUGGUCCCCAGUCCCCGGAGCCCCGAGGCGGCCCUGAUGACGCUGCAGGGGGUUCUGGAGAAGGACACAGAGGACGGCAUUCCUCAGCUGAGCCGCCUGUCCAUUGCUCAGGAGGUCCCCAGCGCCUCCAGGGCCAGAGGCAGGAAGAGGAGGAGGGGGGUCUUUGAGCUGGCAAAGCCCAAGACCAACUGGCAAGUCCUGAAAGACAGGAUGGGGUGCUGCUGUCAGGGCUUUGCCUGGGUGUCCCCGUGCAAGAGGAACUUGCAGUUCUGUGUGUGGUGGCCUUCUGUGUACUGGACGGAGAGGUUUCUUGAAGACACCACCCUCACUAUCACAGUGCCCGAGGUGUCCCGCCGCGUAGAGGAACUGGCUCGACCUAAGAGGUUCUACUCCGAGUAUUACAACAACAGCAGGAGCACCCCCAUCUGGCCCAUUCCUCGCUCCUCCCUGGAAUACCAAGCUUCUAGUCGCCUGAGGGACCUGGCCAUCCCGAGGGUCCGGAACAACAUUUGGAGCAUAAACAUGUCUGAGGUGUCCCAGGUAUCCAGGGCAGCCCAGUUGGCCAUCCCCAGCCCAAGGAUCCUACGGCUGGCAAAGCCCAGGGCCCCAGCCCCCCUGUUGGAAGAGUGGGACCCCAUGCCGAAACCCAAGCCGCACGUGUCAGACUACAACCGCCUCCUUCACUUGGCCAUGCCCAAGGCCCAGUCGGACCAGUGUGUUCCUGACCGAGAUCCGCGCUGGGAGGUGCUGGACGUCACUAAGAAGGCAGUGGCCAGUCCCCGGAUCAUCUCUCUGGCCAAGCCCAAAGUGCGCAAAGACCUCAACGAGGGCUACGACAGGCCUCCCCUCGCCUGUAUGAGCUCGCUGUCCCCAAGAGCAUCACCAAAAGAGUGUGAGCAACCCAGGCCUGGCCUCUGA